AUGCCUUUAGUUAAAGAUUUCAAGCCUGUUGCCUUAAAAAACACAAAUUUGUUCAAACCUAUUAAGGUAGGUAACACUCAAGUUGAACAUCGUGUGGUCAUGGCUCCCCUAACAAGAAUGAGAGCCCACCACCCAGGAAACAUUCCAAACAGGGAUUGGGCUGCUGAAUACUAUGAUCAACGUUCCAAGAGAAAGGGAACCAUGAUUGUCACUGAAGGUGUGUUCCCUUCUGCUCAAUCAGGUGGGUACGAUAAUGCCCCUGGUAUCUGGUCCAAAGAACAAAUUGAACAGUGGAGUAAGAUCUUUGAUAGAAUCCACGCUAAUGGGUCCUUUGUUUGGCCUCAAUUGUGGGUUCUUGGUAGACAAGCUUUCCCUGAUUCAUUGGCAAGAGAUGGUUUACGUUAUGAUUCAGCUUCUGAUGACGUUUACAUUGAUGCUGAAACAGAACAGAGGGCUAAAGAAGCAAAGAACCCACAACAUGGUAUUACCAAGGAUGAAAUUAAACAAUAUGUCAAAGAUUACAUUCAAGGUGCAAAGAAUUCGGUAAAUGCUGGUGCCGAUGGUGUGGAAAUUCACAGUGCCAACAGUUAUUUGUUGAAUCAAUUCUUAGAUCCAAUUUCUAACAAAAGGACCGAUGAAUAUGGAGGGUCUAUUGAAAAUAGAGCUCGUUUUGCUUUGGAAGUUGUUGACGCUUUAAUUGAUGCUAUCGGUGCCGAAAGAGUGGGUAUCAGACUUUCACCUUGGGGAAGAAUUGGUGGUAUGUCUGGUGGUUCUGACCCAACUUUGCUUGCUCAAUUCGCUUAUCUUGUCGGUGAAUUAGAAAAGAGAGCAAAGGAAGGUAAACGUAUUGCUUAUAUUCAUUUGGUCGAACCCCGUAUCACUGAAUGGGAUGUUGAUUAUGAUGCUGGUUCUAACGAAAAUGGUACAAACGAUUUCAUAUAUUCCAUUUGGAAGGGUCCGAUUAUUAGAGCAGGUAACUUUACCUUAAACCCUGAAGAAACCACAAAGGCUGUGUCUAUGGAUAGGACAUUAAUUGGUUAUGGAAGAUUUUUUAUUUCUAAUCCAGAUUUGCCGGACCGUUUAGAAAACGGCUCACCAUUAAACGCCUAUGACAGAAGUAGUUUCUACUCGUUCACAAAGGAAGGUUACACUGAUUAUCCAACUUUAGAAGAGGCUUUAAAGGCAUAA